AUGGACGACUCGGAUAACCGCCUUUUCCGCUUUACCAAACCGCGAUGGCUAAGUAGUUCCAACGCACGCACGGCUGGAAUCUACGCUUCCGGCUCUCUGUUCUCUAUCGGCUUCUUCUUCCUCAUCGAUGCCGCCGCCUUCUCCCGCAGCCCCAGAAACGGCGGCUUCGUCCACGUAAAGUUCGUCGACUGGAUCCCAGGCAUCUGCUCCGCGCUGGGGAUGCUGGUGAUCAACUCCAUUGAGAAGUCGCGGCUGAGCGCGGAUACGUACAGUUAUUCCGGGAGCGGAGUUGCCUGGAAAGCGCGCUUUGUGUUAUUCUUAGGCUUUGCGUUGUUGGCGGGGGGGUUGGCGGGGAGUGUAACUGUCCUGGUUCUUAAAUACGUUCUGAAGGACUAUCCGCUGCAAACGGUAUAUUUUGGGAUUGCUAAUGUGCUUUGCAAUGCCAUGAUCAUGACGAGGUGGGCUGCUCCCUUCCCCUACUGGAACAUGGGUAUAUGCUGA